GAGCUAGUGCUAGACGAGCUUUUGUGGUUAAAAAGUACACAAUUUUUUAUUUUUCUAAGUAAAUGACCGAUGGUUUGUCUAGAUAAGAGUCUUCUUCCUGGGCUGGGAUGGUUAAGAGCUCUAUGAAGCUGCAUUUAAACUGCAUUGUGGAAGUUCAGACUCUCGGGCACCAUUGAAGUCCACUACAUGGAGAAAAAUCCUGAUAUGCUUUCCUCUAAAAACAUUAUUUCUUCACGACUGAAGAAAGAAAGACAUGAACAUCUUGGAUGACAAGGGGGUGAGGAAAUUAUCUGUAGAUUGUUGUUCUGGAAGUGAUCUUCUUUAAGAGCAGAGAGAGAGAGAGAGAGAGAAACCGGACGUUACGAUGGACACGUGAUUGUUUUGUCGCGCUGUGUGUGAGUGUGUGAGUGUGUGUGUGUGUGUGUUUGAGUGUGUGUAAGGCAGCGCAUACACAGUUUUAACAAAUCAUCAAAGAUCCUGAUGAAAUUAUAAAACAUAAAGAAUAUCGACACGAGCAGCGAGGAUGUCGGAAAGAGGAGACGUGGAUUUAACCGGAGCCAAACAAAACACAGGGGUCUGGUUGGUUAAAGUACCGAAGUAUUUGUCUCAGCAAUGGACCAAAGCGCCAGGAAGAGGAGAAGUGGGGAAGCUCAGAAUUGGCAAGAAUCAGGGGAAGGCCGAGGUGUCCUUCACUCUGAACGAGGAGCUGACCACCAUUGAAACCAUGGGGGAGAAAGUGUCCAUGGUGCGAGCGCCUCGUGAACACCCGUUCACCCUGCAGACGGUCGGGGGACAGACCCUGGCGGUGUUCACAGAGACAUUCUCAGGCCAGUCAGACGCUGAAGGCAGCGGUUCAGGUACUGGUUCGGGUCCAGAUAAAAUAGCGCUGGAGGGCGUAGUGGUGCAGCGAGCCGAGUGCAGACCAGCCGCUAACGAGCACUACAUGAGGUUAAAGAAGCUGCAGAUCGAGGAGUCGUCGAAGCCUCACCGGUUCUCUCAGCAGCUGGAGAAAGCCGUCACCACCAACUACAAACCCGUGGCCAAUCACGCGUAUAACCUGGAUUAUGAGAAAAAGAAGAAGGAAGAAGGUAAAAGGGCGCGAGCAGACAAGCAGCAGGUGUUGGACAUGCUCUUCUCUGCCUUUGAGAAGCACCAGUAUUACAACAUUAAAGACCUGGUGGACAUCACCAAACAGCCUGUGACUUACCUGAAGGAGAUCCUGCGUGACAUCGGGAUCUACAACGUGAAGGGAACUCACAAGAACACCUGGGAGCUGAAGCCCGAGUACAGACAUUACCAGAACGAGGAGAAGAGCGACUGACCACACCCUCUCUCUCUCUCUCUCUAACGCUGAUCCACAAAACUGCUGUCCUUUUCAUCUUUUCCUCACUAUCAUGAAGAAGCCGGUAGAUCCGUUGUCACGGAAACAUGCCCCGCCUCCUGAACACCAUAUAGAAAAAAUCUAACUCGUUUCUUUAAUGCAGUUUUUAAGAGUCUAGUGUUUUGUUUUUUUUAAAGAAAAAAAACCCACAGGCCAUUCUACAACAUUAGAGUGAAGACCGUUACGGCUUCAGUUUUAUGUCUGCUGAAUAACGAGAAGGUGAUACAACGCUGCAGCAUCUAGACACAAUAAAACCAUUACAGUGUUUAGGAUUUUAGUUUUACUUUUAUUUGUGCUGAAAUAAAGCUUUCAAAAAAACAAAACAAAAAAACAUUCAA